AUGCAGACCUUUGAAUUUUAAACAAAUUAUUUUGUUUAAAUGAUUGCGAAAAAGAAAGUUAGACAAAAUAAAGAAUCCAUGUCACCGCAUUCACCAAUACAUGUACCAGAAAGGGCAACUUACGGAUUCGUCUCGUAUUUGUUAUGCUACAUUUCAUUUGGUAUCUUUUUGAUUUGGGCUUACACUCCCUACUCUUAUCUGGAAUGGAUUGGUCUUACUUACUGGCCUAGCAAGUUUUUAGCAGUUUCCAUCCCGCCUUUCCUCUGUGUCUUAUUCCUAGGUAGCUUUGUAUUCUAUGAAGGCCUAAUCUUUAUCAAUACGGCACCAGUGGAUUCUCCUAGUACUGUAUCAGAUUCAAAGAAGGAGGAUUACAAGUACUUGCCAAAAGAUGCUAUAACUCCAAUAGAAGAGAUAUCAAUAUGUGAUGUGAAUAAGGCAUUAUAUGGAACAUGAUUUAUUAUGUCAGUGACUUGAAGCUUAUAUAAUCCUACUACAAGUCUUAAGCAAAGAAACUUUUAUUAAGAAUUUCUGUGCAUUUCUACAACUUCAAAGAGUGAUUAAACUUGAUGUUAGACAUCUCACUGUUAUUUGCUGAUUGUACAAAAUAUAAUGAAAAAAGUCAUUAAAAACUCUUCAACUCUUA